AGAGAGAGAACCGAAUUUUUUAUUUUUAUUUUCUUUCUGAGAGAAAUUCGAAUUGUUUCUCCUGAAAAUCCAGUUGCUGUGUCACUACUCGGCAUUGAGAAAUGGGUAGCAAAGAAGAAGGAAAAACCACAAACUCUGAUAAGCCAUCGCAAGCUGCUGCUCCUGAACAGAGUAAUGUUCAUGUAUAUCAUCAUGACUGGGCUGCUAUGCAGGCAUAUUAUGGGCCUAGAGUUGGUAGACCUCAAUAUUACAACUCAAAUGUGGCACCUGGUCAUGCUCCACCCCCUUAUAUGUGGGCGUCUCCAUCGCCAAUGAUGGCUCCUUAUGGGGCACCAUAUCCACCAUUUUGCCCUCCUGGUGGAGUUUAUGCUCAUCCCGGUGUUCAAAUGGGCUCACAACCACAAGGUCCUGUUUCUCAAGCAACACCUGGUGUUACAACCCCUUUGACCAUGGAUGCACCAGCUAAUUCAGCUGGAAACUCGGAUCAUGGGUUCAUGAAAAAACUGAAAGAGUUCGAUGGACUUGCAAUGUCAAUAAGCAAUAACAAAGUUCCCAGUGCUGAACAUAGCAGCAGUGAACAUAGGAGUUCUCAGAGCUCCGAGAAUGAUGGCUCUAGCAAUGGUAGUGAUGGUAAUACAACUGGGGGAGAACAAUCUCGGAGGAAAAGAAGGCGAGAAAGAUCACCUAGCACCGGUGAAAGACCCUCAUCUCAAACCACUCCUCCUCUUAGAGGUGAAAAUGAGAAACAUGAUGUGACCUUGGGGACUCCCGUUAUGCCCACAACAAUGGGUUUCCAAAACUCUGCUGGCAUGAACGGUGUCCCACAGCCAUGGAAUGAAAAAGAGGUUAAACGAGAGAAGAGAAAACAGUCAAACCGAGAAUCUGCUAGAAGGUCGAGACUGAGGAAGCAGGCUGAAACUGAACAACUCUCUGUCAAAGUUGACGCACUAGUAGCUGAGAACAUGACUCUGAGGUCCAAACUAGGCCAGCUAAACAAUGAGUCUGAGAAACUGCGGCUGGAGAACGAAGCUUUACUGGAUCAACUGAAAGCGCAAGCAACUGGGAAAACAGAGAACCUUAUCUCUCGAGUUGAUAAGAACAACUCUGUAUCAGGUAGUAAAAAUGUGCAGCAUCAACUGUUAAAUGCAAGUCCAAUAACAGAUCCUGUCGCGGCCAGCUGAUGGUGGCCGCAACAAUGAGAGCCCGAUAUUUCUUCCUUUGGGUUGUGAUUGUAACUUAAAAGAAGACUUUUUUUGUUUUUUCUUAGAUUUGUAGCUCUCUGCAUAGUGAGCAGAAAUUGAUGUAAUAUCGUUAAGAGAUUCGGUGUUGUCUGGUGUAUUACUGCGACCACUUGAUUGGUGAUAGGUAGGUUUAGUUAUAUAAGCGAAUGGAUUAGAGAUAAGGGAGACAUAUUUGAUGGUCUUUCGUUUCGUAAUCGCUUGUGUAUUCUUCUUUAAUAUAUACACUUUCGUAUC